CCCGCAGUGAAUGUUCUUUGAAUCAGAAAACAACAUGGGUAAAUUAACUCUGUAUGGCAUCGAUGCCAGUGCCCCAGUGCGGUCCGUCCUGUUCACGCUGAAUGCUUUGGACAUUCCCUUUGAUUAUCAGAUAGUCAAUCUAUUCUCCAAGGAGCAUUUGAGCCCCGAAUUCCUGAAAAUGAAUCCCCAACACACUGUGCCCACUCUGGACGAUGAUGGCUUCUAUGUGUACGAUAGCCAUGCCAUCAAUUCCUAUCUGGUCAGCAAAUAUGGCAAAGAUGACUCGCUCUACCCCAAGGACCUGCAGGAGCGUGCCGCAGUGGAUCAGAGAUUGUAUUACGAAGCCAGUGUUGUGUAUAACACCAUUAAGAACAUCGUUUACCCAUUGGUCUUCCUUAAUGAAACCACAAUACCACAAAGCAAAUUCGAUGCCAUCUCAGGAGUCUAUCAGACAGUUGACACAUUCGUCGAAAAACACAGCUAUGUGGCUGGCGACCAGUUGACCAUAGCGGACUUUCAUUUGGUCACUAUGCUUACCACAUUGACCACCUUUGUGGACAUCGAUGCUGAGAAAUAUCCGAAAUUGAAUAAUUGGUUGUCUCUUUUAAAAGACCUACCCUACUAUGAGAAGGCCAAUGCCAAGGGCCUUGAGGAUUUCGGUAACAUGAUUAAGUCUAAGAACUAUACCGUGUCCUAAAAGGAAUAGGCCCAACUGCAUUUACAUAUGUAUGUAAGGUGGAGAAGCUGAUUCCCACAUUCUAAUGAUGAUGGCAUAAAUAAAAGCUUUUAUUGACGUAAACAAA